AUGGUUGAAGAUAGCAGGAGUGCUAGGGUGAAUGAUAAUCUUGAAAGUUCUUUCACUAUCCACCAUCUGACAGAAGAGAAGAACAAGUUGGAGGCCAACUAUGACAAGCUAGUCCAAGAUGUGCAUGAGCUUAUGAGCUUCCAGGAGGAGAGGGUGGUGGAUUUCAGACAUCUGCAGUCUGCCAUUACAUAUCAUCAUGAAUGCAGAAGUGAACUGGUGGCUGAUAUGAAGGCACAGAUGGCAAAGAGAGAUGCAGAGUCUGAGAAGCUUAAGCAGAAUUAUGAAGUGCUACUGAACCUGACAAGAGCUCAAGCUACAGUCAUCCGGAACCUGAAGUUGAAGCAUAUUACAGACAAGCAAUUGCUUAGUGAAGCUAAGAUGAACUUGGAGUUGAAGAAUGCAAAGCUCACAAAGUCUGAGGAGAAGCUCACCCAAGAUAAGCUAGAGUUGAAGUUUCAGGUUUCAGAUUUGCUUAAGGGAAAGGAAAAGCAUGGUGAAGAGAUGGUGCAGCUAGAGCUUCAGUUUGCUGAGCUGAUGAAGGCAGAGGAGAAGCUGAAGGAGAAGAUCAAGGGGAUCCAGGCCAUCUUAGAGAAGUGA